AUGAAGAAUCGCAGGCUCGCCCUCCUGGGCGCCAUCGUCGCUUCGUGCAUCGACGCAGCGUCCGGUGCAUCGCAGUCCUAUACCUGGAAGAAUGUCGUUACUGGAGGCGGCGGCGGCUUUGUGCCGGGGAUCGUCUUCAACCCGUCCGAGCAAGGCCUGGCCUAUGCCCGCACUGACAUCGGCGGCGCAUACCGUCUGAACUCAGACGAUACAUGGACGCCUUUGACGGACUUUGUGGGAAACAGCGAUUGGAACCACUGGGGCAUCGACGCCCUCGCUACAGACCCGGUCGACACAAACCGCGUGUACCUUGCGGUCGGAAUGUACACCAACGAGUGGGACCCGAACAAUGGAGCGAUCUUGCGCUCAACGGAUAAAGGCGAGACAUGGACGGAGACGGCAUUGCCGUUUAAGGUCGGUGGGAACAUGCCUGGGCGGGGGAUGGGAGAGAGGCUUGCAGUUGACCCCAACGACAACCGCAUCCUCUUCUUCGGAGCCAGGAGCGGCAACGGCCUCUGGAAGAGCACAGACUAUGGCGCGACUUGGGCCAAGGUUUCGUCUUUUACGUGGACAGGCACGUACUUCCAGGACUCGAGCUCGACCUACACCUCUGCUGUUGUGGGCCUUGCUUGGGUGACGUUUGACUCUACGUCUGGCCAGUCGGGGUCUCCUACUCCACGGAUCUUCGUUGGCGUCGCAGAUACAGGCCAAUCCGUCUUCGUGUCUGAAGAUGCCGGUGCUACAUGGAAAUGGGUAUCCGGCGAGCCCCAGUACGGCUUCCUCCCGCACAAAGGCGUCCUCUCUCCAUCCGAGAAUACGCUGUACAUCUCGUACUCCAACGGCGCCGGCCCCUACGACGGCACAAACGGCACAGUCCACAAGUACGACAUCUCCACGGCAACAUGGACCGACAUCAGUCCCACCUCCAUGGCAGACACGUACUACGGCUACGGCGGCCUCACCGUCGACCUGCAAGCCCCCGGAACCCUCCUGGUCGCCACCCUCAACUCCUGGUGGCCGGACGCAAUUAUCUGGCGCAGCGUCGACUCCGGCGCAACCUGGUCGCCCAUCUGGGAGUGGAACGGAUACCCGAAUAUCAACUACUACUAUGACUACGAUGUUUCGAAGGCGCCGUGGCUGGAAGACUCGACGUCGACCGCUGAGUUCCCCGUCCGCGUGGGCUGGAUGAUCGAAGCGCUAUCCAUCGACCCCUUUGACUCGAACCACUGGCUGUACGGCACCGGCGCCACGAUCUAUGGAGGGCAUGACCUGACAAACUGGGACUCAGGGAACAAGGUCACGCUGCAGUCUCUUGCAGUAGGCAUUGAAGAGAUGGCCGUGCAAGCGCUGAUUGUUCCCCCCGGCGGCCCCCUGCUCUCCGCCGUCUUCGACGAAGGCGGCUUCUACCACUCGGACCUCGACAGCCCUCCAUCCCAGAAAUACCACACGCCCACAUUCAGCUCGACGAACGGGCUCGACUACGCGGGCAACAAGCCCUCCAACAUCGUCCGCUCGGGGUCUUCAGCCUCCGGCACCGACCCCACCGUCGCCCUGUCCAGCAACUUCGGCAGCACCUGGUCGGCCAACUACGCUGCGUCGUCGUCCACCGGAACCGGGAGCGUCGCCUUCUCAGCGGAUGCCGACACUGUCCUCCUCAUGUCGAGCACGCAGGGGGCCCUGAGAUCCCAGUACCAGAGCACAUUCACCGCCGUCUCGAGUCUCCCCUCCGGCGCGGUGAUCGCGUCAGACAAGUCCGAUAACGCGUACUUCUACGGUGGCGCGGGCGGAGCCAUCUACGUCUCCAGCAACACGGGGUCCUCCUUCACAAAGACAGCAACUCUAGGCACCAGCUCGUCGGUAAACGCCAUCCGCGCCCACCCCUCCAUCGCAGGAGACAUCUGGGCCACAACAGACACCGGACUCUGGCACUCAACCGACCACGGCGCAACGUUCACGCGUGUCUCCAGCGCCGUCACAGCGGGCUGGAGUUUCGGACUGGGUGCACCGUCGUCUAGUUCGUCAUACGCCGUGCUGUACGGCUUCUUCACGAUCGACGGCGUAACAGGCCUCUUCAAGACCGAAGACAGGGGCGUAAACUGGGCGGUUAUCUCCGACGCAGAGAACGGGUUCGGCGCGGCGUCGGCGAAUGUUGUGAAUGCUGACCCGGAGACAUACGGGCUUGUCUUUGUGGGCACCAAUGGGCGCGGCAUAUUCUAUGGCGAGCCGGCUGGGGCUCUGCCGACGGCGACGGCGACGGCUACAGCUACGGCGACGUCCACGGGUACGACUUUGACGUCGACGACUAGGACGAGUACCUCUACGGCUACGGCUACGUCUACGGCCACGCAGACUACGACGACGACGUCUACGAGAACGACCACAACUGCUACAACGACGACAUCCACCACUGCGCCUACGGCAACCGCCGCGCCGUACGGACAGUGCGGAGGCAGUGGGUAUACGGGGCCGACUGUGUGUCCGAGUGGAUGGACGUGCACGUACGCGAACGAGUUCUACUCGCAGUCGUAG